AUACUCCUGUAUAUUAUUGCCGCAGAGUUAGGAUAACAAAAAAUGGCAGAAACCACAAUGAUUUACUCAACUCUUUCCCUUCUGCUCCUUUUUCUUGCUUUGAAGUUCUUGUUUCAAUCAAAAAUUCGCCACAAAAACUUACCACCCAGUCCACCUUCUCUUCCAAUCAUUGGCCAUCUUCACCUCCUAAAGCCCCCUAUUCACCGUGCCUUCCUCAAGCUUUCACACAAACUUGGCCCAGUCUUCUCCCUUCAGCUUGGGUCGCGCCUUGCUGUUGUCGUCUCUUCACCCUCCGCUGUCGAGGAAUGCUUCACCAGAAAUGACAUCGUGCUGGCGAACCGCCCAAACUUGCUUGUGAGUAAGUACCUAGGCUACAACCACACCACUGUUAUAAGCGCACCGUACGGGGACCACUGGCGUAACCUCCGUCGUAUUAGUACCAUUGAGAUCUUCUCAUCAAAUCGCCUUAACAUGUUUCACGGUGUUAGAAAAGAUGAAGUGAAAAGAUUAUUGUUGAAACUAUCUCGUAACUCCCGUGGAGCUUUUGCCAAGGUAGAGCUUAAAUCAAUGUUUGCAGACUUGACAUUUAAUAAUCUCAUGAGAAUGAUUGCGGGGAAGAGAUAUUAUGGUGAAGAUGUGACUGAUGACAGUGAGGCAAAGGAGUUUAGGGACCUUGUAGCAGAGGUAGUUGAAAAUGGUGGAGCAGGGAAUCCAGGUGAUUAUCUGCCAAUAUUGAAAUGGGUUGGUAAUUAUGAGAAGAAAUUGAUGACGCUUGCUGACAGGAUGGACGGGUUCCUGCAAGGGUUAAUUGAUGAGCUUCGAAAUGGAAAAGGAGGAAAUACAAUGAUCGAUCAUCUCCUUUCCUUACAGGAAUUAGAGCCUGAGUACUACACUGAUGCAAUUAUCAAAGGGCUUGUAUUUGUUAUGGUUCUUGCGGGAACUGACACAUCUGCAGUCACAUUAGAAUGGGCAAUGUCAAAUUUACUCAAUCACCCAAAUGUGUUGAAGAAAGCCAAGGCGGAGCUAGAUUCUCAAAUUGGUCAAGAAAGGUUGAUUGAUGAACCAGAUAUUGCUAAGCUACCUUACCUUCAAAACAUCAUGUCUGAAACCCUUCGAUUAUACCCGGCCGCCCCACUCUUGGUGCCUCAUAAAACAUCCGAUGAGUGUACCAUAGGCGGAUACAAUAUACCCCGUGACACCAUAGUAUUGAUCAAUGCAUGGGCUAUACAUAGAGACCCUCGAUUGUGGGAUGAUCCGACAAGUUUCAAGCCCGAAAGGUUUGACAAUAUUGAAGUUAAAGAUGGUCACAAGUUCAUGCCUUUUGGUAUGGGAAGGAGGGCUUGUCCUGGGGCAAGCAUGGCUCACCGCAUGGUCAACCUAGCUUUGGGGUCAUUGAUCCAAUGCUUCGAAUGGGAAAGGGUAGGUGAUGAGAAAGUGGACAUGACUGAAGGUAAAGGAGUCACCAUGCCUAAAGUUGAGCCAUUAGAGGCGAUGUGCAAGGCACGCCCCAUCCUCGAUAAGAUUCUUUUUUGAGCAAGCUUAAAAGAGUUUUAUACUGCAAAACAGUUUGGUAUUUCAUAAUUCCUAUCUUGUUUAGACGUUAAAUGCUGCUUUUUCAUGAAUUACGCUUCCAUAAUAUAUAACUUUUACUCAAUGCAACAGUUACAUUAUUAUUUUA